AUGGCUUGUGAGACCAAGACAUGGUUGGUUAUUCCUCUUCUUUUCUUGGCUGCAAACUACAUGCAACAUUGUGUCCAAGGGGAACCCCAAGUGCCAUGCCUUUUUGGAUUUGGUGACUCUCUGUCUGAUAGUGGAAACAACAAUAACCUUCCAACUUCUGCAAAAUCUAAUUACAAUCCAUAUGGGAUCGAUUUCCCAAUAGGCCCAACUGGAAGAUUUACCAAUGGCCGAACUACAUUUGACAUAAUUACUGAAUUUCUGGGAUUUGAGAAGUUCAUCCCUCCUUUUGCAAACACUAUUGGUUCAGACAUACUUAAAGGUGUGAACUAUGCAUCUGGUGCAGCUGGAAUUCGCUUUGAGAGUGGCAAGCAUAUGGGUGCUGAUAUCAGCUUGGGACAACAGUUAACAAAUCACAAAUCCAUAUUUUCCGAAAUAGCUGUCAGACUUGGAGGUUAUGACAAAGCUGCAGAAUAUCUUGAUAAGUGUUUGUAUUACGUGAAUAUAGGCAGCAAUGAUUACAUAAACAAUUACUUCCUUCCCCAGUUCUACCCAUCAAGCCACAUUUAUAGCCCCGAGCAGUAUGCAGAAGCUCUGAUUCAAGAGUUAUCUCUCGAUUUACAGGCUCUGCAUUAUCUUGGGGCAAGAAAGUACGUUCUGGUUGGGGUGGGUCUUAUAGGAUGCACUCCAAAUGCCAUAUCUACCCGUGGAGCAAAUGGAUCUUGUGCUGAAGAUGAGAAUGCUGCUGCAUUCAUGUUUAAUAAAAAGCUUAAAUCUCUAGUGGAUCAAUUUAAUACACAGUUCUCUGCUGAUUCCAAAUUCAUCUUUAUAAACAGCACAGCCGGAACCAUUGACAGUUCAUUUGGUUUCACUGUUUUUACUGCUCCUUGCUGCCCAACAGGGGAGAAUGGACAGUGUGUUCCUAAUCAAACACCAUGCCAGAAUAGGAAUCAGUACGUGUUUUGGGAUGCAUUUCAUCCAACAGAGGCAGUGAACCGACUAACUGCAUUUGCUUCAUAUAAUGGGUCUGAUCCAGCCUUCACUUACCCAAUGGAUAUCGAGCAGCUUGUUCAGUCCUCAUAA